GUGUGUGUGUGUGCGUGUGUGUGUGUAUGUGUUGGGUUUUGUGUGUAUGUGUGUGCGCACGGGUGUGCAUAUGUGUUGCUGUCUAACACAGCAGAGCAGAGAGGGGGUCUGGCUGGGUGCUGCUGGGGGGCUAUUUUUAGUCCCACAGAUGGACCUUUCUAAACUUCCAUUCUUGGAGAACUGUGGGGGGUUAUAAUUAGAUGGGUGAUAGACUAGUGACACUGACACUCAGGCUGUGGGUUGGGUUGGUGGGCAGGGGCCUUGGUAAUCCCUGGUGUUUCACUGUGUCCUGAGUAAAGAUUACAUGAUAAGGCAGCACUUCUAGAACUGAUGGUCAGUAGUAGAAAUACAACACUAGACUACUGUACCAGCAAACAUGUCAUUUGAUGAUGUGUGAUCUGAAAUCAGAUAGGCUUACUUCAGUCUAUUUUCAUUUUAGCUUGCCAUAAUCACCAAAAGUAACUUUAACCCUUUAGGUUUCAAAUAUAUUUUUUAAGUGUGUAGUGAAAUCCUUUAAGAGAAAUGAUUUGUGCUGUAAUGUGUCUACGUGUAACAGGCCUGUCAUCACCUCCAUUUCUUUAGUUUACACUGUGACUGGCAACCAUCUUAUAGUCUGUGCACAGCUGUCUGACUGUCAGAGAGGCUGUUGUAGACUAUCAGCUGUUCACACAGCCCUGCCCUGCCUGCAGAACCAUGAUCAAGAAGACCUCUGCAUUUGUAGAAGUAUGGUGGUCAUCUUACAUUCUUUUCCAAGAUGAUCUACUCAUUCCAGGCAUUUUGGGAAGUGAAGUCUGUUUCCGCCUCUCAAAAACACAGGAAGGGGAAAUUAUUUGAUGUAACCAUUGUUUGCUUAUAGCUUAGAUUACUUUGUCCUUAUAACUGAACUGAAAAUGUAGCCAAUUUCUCAAAGUAGGCCUGCUUUUGUAGUUUAAUUAUGCCUGCCUUUAAUAUACGUUUCUACAAUAAAAUGUACGCAGGUAAUAAAGUAUACUAUGAUAUAAUAUCAUAAAGCAUCAUGAUUUACAUAAAAUGUUGUCAUAUAAAAAUAUAUAAGCAGGCAGAUAACAACUGAGGUUAGCCAAAAGUAUUUCUAAAUAUUAACUUUUUAUUUUUUGGACACUUCAUCUAUCCCACUCCAGUUCGCUAGGUGGCAGUAAAUACUCAUUGUUAGCAGUACUACGCUCGCAAGAAGAUAAUUGUUGCUCUGUUGUGAUUUUGGGUGUGUAGCUAGCUAGCUAAAGCGUUUUACAUUUUAUAUAAUAGCUAGCUAAUUCAUCACAAAGUUUGGGGAUACACAAUUGCGCCAACAAGGUUCGAUUUUUAAUGUUACGUGUACGUUGUAGUUGUGUGCACUUUACUAUAUUCGUUGAGACUAGACGUUAUGGUCUGCUGGCUAGUUUAGGUAGCAUCAAUCCAAUUUUCGUCAACUCCUCUCGUUACGUGAUUCAGUUGUCCGUCAGUUGAUCAGAAAAUCCUGAAAAUAAUAUCACAUAGUGGCCACAGUGUUUGAUAUUAGGUCGGUUUGUUCAACCUUUGAAAGUCGAAGUUACGUUGGCAACGUCAUAAACAAAUGCGGCGCCAUGUUGGCGGAAGUUGUGUUCCCUAGACAUUGAAGUGGCAUUCCCGGCGGCAUGAAAAUGGCUUUUUCUUGGCCCUAAGUAUGGAGGAGAACGAGGCACUGGAGGUCUACUGCAGGAGAAUGAUAACACAGGUCAACAAUCAACUAAACCCAGAAACUACAGGAGAGGGGGGGUGGAGAGAUAGCCAGGAGGAGAGGGAGGAAGAGGGGGAGAGAACAGCCCUCCGAGGGAGGGGGAGGCAGGGGUUGCAGAGUGAGAUGUGGAGUAGGAUGAUCAUACAAGUACACAGAAAACAGAACACAGAAACUACAGCGAGGAGAGAGAGGCAGAAGGAAAAGACUGUGAGGAGACAGAGGGAGUGUGAGGACCUUGCAGGAGAGCCUGUCCCUUUACAGCUCAUUUCUGCCCUGAAGAGGAAGACUUUCACAGAGGAGAUGAGACGGGCCAUGGACACAGAGCUGCAUGACCCAUCAGUGUGUGGAGUGUGUGUGCAGCAGCAGGCAGCUUUGUCUCUAAACACCUUCAUCAGGAGGAAGACUACUCAACUAGACACUAACAUACUGGAGGAUAAACUACACACACACCUCUGUAACAGGGACACUGUGUGUCUGUUGGGAGAGUUGCUAAGGGGCCUCCCCAAGCCCUCUGACGCCCCCAGCAGGAUCUGGGAACAACUGCAGGCCAGAGGAAGACAGCAACUUGGGGUUACCUUGGAGACAGAACCGGAAUCUGGAUGUACCCAGACAAGAGAACGUCAAUCUGGGGUUGCCCUGACGACAGUACAAGAACUGAGCUAAGUGUGCCCUCAUGCUGGCCAUGUGACUGAGCAUAGCAGAAAUGGCACCCUUUUCCCUAUGUAGUGAACUAGUUUUGCGUCGAGACAGCCCUACGUGGAAGUGGAUUACAGCCUGUGACUUUCACUGAGUGUCAUUGAUCAUGUGUAUUAUAAUGAGAUUCAUCUUAAAGUAAAAAGAAAAUACAAUUCGAACUGCAGUACAAAAUACAUUGUAUUCUUGUAUUCAAGUUUCACAUACAACACUGUUAAAAGCAAAUAAGCAUCAUGGUUUUCUCAGUCCUUGACCGUCCAUUAUGCCUUUAGUAAACAUUAGAACAACUUCCUGGGUUAUACAGUCGUGGCCAAAAGUUUUGAGAAUGACACAAAUAUUAAUUUUCACAAAGUUUGCUGCUUCAGUGUCUUUAGAUAUUUUUGUCAGAUGUUACUAUGGAAUACUGAAGUAUAAUUACAAGCAUUUCCUUAUUGUCAAAGGCUUUUAUUGACAAUUACAUGAAGUUGAUGCAACGAGUCAAUAUUGGCAGUGUUGCCCCUUCCUUUUCAAGACCUCUGCAAUCCUCCCUGGCAUGCUGUCAAUUAACUUCUGGGCCACAUCCUGACUGAUGGCAGCCCAUUCUUGCAUAAUCAAUGCUUGGAGUUUGUCAGAAUUUGUGGGGUUUUGUUUGUCCACCCGCCUCUUGAGGAUUGACCACAAGUUCUCAAUGGGAUUAAGGUCUGGGGAGUUUCCUGGCCAUGGACCCAAAAUAUCGAUGUUUUGUUCCCCGAGCCACUUAGUUAUCACUUUUGCCUUAUGGCAAGGUGCUCCAUCAUGCUGGAAAAGACAUUGUUUGUCACCAAACUGUUCCUGGAUGGUUGGGAGAAGUUGCUCUCAGAUGAUGUGUUGGUACCAUUCUUUAUUCAUGGCUGUGUUCUUAGGCAAAAUUGUGAGUGAGCCCACUCCCUUGGCUGAGAAGCAACCCCACACAUGAAUGGUCUCAGGAUGCUUUACUGUUUGCAUGACACAGGACUGAUGGUAGCGCUCACCUUGUCUUCUCCGGACAAGCUUUUUUCCGGGAUGACCCAAACAAUCGGAAAGGGGAUUCAUCAUAGAAAAUGACUUUACCCCAGUCCUCAGCAGUCCAAUCCCUGUACCUUUUGCAGAAUAUCAGUCUGUCCCUGAUGUUUUUCCUGGAGAGAAGUGGCUUCUUUGCUGCCCUUCUUGACACCAGGCCAUCCUCCAAAAGUCUUCGCCUCACUGUGCGUGCAGAUGCACUCACACCUGCCUGCUGCCAUUCCUGAACAAGCUCUGUACUGGUGGUGCCCCGAUCUCGCAGCUGAAUCAACUUUAGGAGACGGUCCUGGCACUUGCUGGAUUUUCUUGGGCGCCCUGUAGCCUUCUUCACAACAAUUGAACCGCUCUCCUUGAAGUUCUUGAUGAUCCGAUAAAUGGUUGAUUUAGGUGCAAUCUUACUGGCAGCAAUAUCCUUGCCUGUGAAGCCCUUUUUGUGCAAAGCAAUGAUGACGGCACGUGUUUCCUUGCAGGUAACCAUGGUUGACAGAGGAAGGACAAUGAUUCCAAGCACCACCCUCCUUUUGAAGCUUCCAGUCUGUUAUUCGAACUCAAUCAGCAUGACAAAGUGAUCUCCAGCCUUGUCCUCGUCAACACUCACACCUGUGUUAACGAGAGAAUCACUGACAUGUCAGCUGGUCCUUUUGUGGCAGAGCUGAAAUGCAGUGGAAAUGUUUUUGGGGGAUUCAGUUCAUUUGCAUUGCAAAGAGGGACUUUGCAAUUCAUUGAAAUUCAUCUGAUCACUCUUCGUAACAUUCUGAAGUAUAUGCAAAAUGCCAUCUUACAAACUGAGGCAGCAGACAUUGUGAAAAUGUAAUAUUUGUGUCAUUCUCAAAACUUUUGGCCACGACUGUACACUCCAAUAGUGAACACGUUUUCAUAUCAUCGCAAACAGUUACAACACAGUCAUUAUAGUUCAGUCAUGGAAAGUGUUCAUGCAAUGCAAACAUGUUAAAUACAGAGUAACAAGUAAAUGCUGUAUGUUUUACAUUUCUAAUGUUAGAGCCAAUAGCGACAUUAGCUGAAGAACGCUCAACUCCGUUCGCUUAUAUUGAGGCGGAGUUGAGUUUUGAUAACUGGUUGCGUGAUAUGCGAGCAACAACAUUGAGUCACCAUCAGUUGAUACUUGUUAAAAAGUCAAUUCUGAAAACGCCUACCUGUACCUGUUUGUCCUGUACAACCGCGGUCCCUCCAUAAGGGUGCCGAAAUUCAUACUUUGAAUAAAAACUUUUAGCGAAUACA